AGGCAAACUCAAGCUCGAUUAUUUGGCUUCGACUAGCCUUCGAGCUUGAGCUAGACUAGUUGGAACGGGUUCGAACACAUCAAAAUUCGGCACGACUCGUCCAGCCCAAAUUGCCCUGAGCAAUCAAUAAGAAGGCCCUUUCUUCCUCGUUAUUUCGCACGCGAUCCAAUUGAGCUGCUCGAGAGAUCUAGAGAGAGAGAGAGAUGGGUGCAGCGCAGGCGAUGAAGAGAAUACCCCGCAUCAAGUUCCCUCAGAGGCAUCCAAAACCCUCGGGUUCAACCCCGCAUCCUCAGGAUGCUUCCACUGCUGGCAAUGCUACAAACACUUUGUUCAUGAAGUCUGCCCCAUCUAACAUGACUGUGGGAGGAAAAGCUUCCAUGCAACCCAAAAGAACCCCAGUCUCGCAAGAAGAGAUUGAAGCUGUAUUGUUGGGGGGCUGUAUCUAAGUCUUACAUGGAGCUACAUUGGAUAACAGUUGGGCUUUCAUAUCCGAUUCCCUAUUCAGCAAUAUCAAAAUUUUAGAGAACUAUGGUAUUGUUUGGAUGUUAUGAGCAACUGAUCAACGAAUUGGGUUAAAUGAAAUGCAUUAAAGGAGACGAAACUGAAUUGAUGCACUGCAUUUGCUUUACGGGGUUACUUGUAUGGCUAGAAUGAUGCUUGUUGAACAGGGUUUUAUUAACAUAAAUUUGUGGGAUUUAUGUUCCCAA